AUGACGUCAGGUCGGAUCAGUGCAAUGUGUGACAGUGGCAUAUGUACAGACGUCUUAGUCCUGUUAGAUAAUCAUGAUGAAAGAGUGCACAGUAAUGUGGGAUUACAACUGAAUAAAAGAGAAAUCCAGGCUGUAAUACAGUAUGUGGCAACCUGGGCACAAAGGCAAUGUAUGUGCUGUUAUAAAGAUUUUAAGAAUAUAGAAAAGUUGAAUAAUUUGAUACAGACUGUAUUAAGAGUAGCUAUCCGUUUAAUACAAACAUUACCUUCUGAUAUACAAAAAGAAAUUGAUAAAGCUAAAGAUGAGGAAGAGAAGAAUGAGAGUAAUAAGGAAGAAAGAGAUAAACCUGAUGACAAGGAAGAAGAAGAGAAAGAAGAAGAGAUAAAUGUUGGUGAUAAUGAAUAUUGGACUGUGGAAGAAAAGGAAAAAUUAAUUCAGUUUAUUACGAAAGUGUUUUUGAUGAAUUUUCCUCUGUAUAUGGCAUACAAACAUUUUAUUCAUACAUCGUUAGAGGAAUUAUCAACACAUGAAACCAGUGCAUUAAAUAAUUACUGUGAAAUCUCAGAUCCCGAUGUACCAUUAUAUUUAUUACGUAAUGUUUGUUUCUUCUGUGAUACUAAUGGUAUACAAGCAUUGGAAAACUGUUUUGAAAAAGCCUCUCCUGAAACCUUACCAUUCAACUUCGCUCAUCUUUUGAUUCAUCUUAUAGCUAAUUUAAGAUUAUGGAUGAAUGUUCAAACUGUAAUGCAGUGUAUUAUACCAUUACGCUCAGCAGUUAUUAGAUAUGUGUGUAGUUUAUCUGAUAGAGAACUACGUAAUGCUGGUAGUAGAAAUAUGACAGAGUUAAUGUGGGCUGCUGUUAAAGAACCUUUAGAUAAUCCAUUUAGUUUUGAUAGAGAAGGAUUACAGCUUGGAUUUAAAUAUUUUACUUGUACAACUUUAACUAUAAGAUUGGCUGGUAUAGCGCAAAUAAAUAACCAGAUUAAUUUAUACAAUGAAAGUUGUAAUAAUGAAACAUUUAUUGAUGCUGAAAGUGUUGGAAAUGAGCUAGCCCAAUGGUUAAUAGAUAAUAAAAUAGUAGAACAUAUCUUUGGUCCAAAUCUUCAUGUUGAGAUAAUUAAACAGAGUCAGAUGAUAUUGAAUUUUCUGGCUAUGGAAGGAAGAAUAACUAAUGAACAUAUAGAUAGUAUUUGGGCUGCUAGUCAGUUAAAACAUUGUGGUAAACAAGUAUAUGAUAUAUUGAUACCAUUGAUUAAAAAUCUACAUGAUUUAAGUCCAGUCAGAUAUUUAUUAAAACUAGUAUCUAGUUUAGAUAUAUCAGCCCAUACUGAAUCGACAUUAUACCUAGCAUCAGCUUUGAUAAAAUGUAUAUGGAAUACAUGUGCUACAGGACAUACUCAUGGUGUAACCACACAACAAUUACAUCCACAAUUACAGUCAACCUACACAGCCUUACAGAGAGAGGAAAAUGAAAGUAAAGGAAGUAAACAUGUAGUCAGUAGCAGUGAAGAAUCAGAAGGCUAUGGUAACAGAAGAAUUCCUCCUAAAAAGUGUUGUAGUGGUAUGAAUUCUGAAGAUUUAGAACUUGGUGAAUGUUGUCCUCACCAACAUCAUCAUGCCCAUCACCAGCAUCUAAAACAUGGUGAACCCGGUGAAUCAGACAGUAGUUUAGAUGGUAAUAGUGAACUCAGUGUAGGAAGUGAAGAUAGUGGAUGUGAUGAGUCAGAUAUCAGACUUCAUCAUAAAAACUCCAAGUUCCGAUUGGAAUCGAAAGUUAAACUAGUGGAAGAAAGUGAUAGUGAAAUUGAAGUGUCAGAUUCUAGUGAAAGUCCAGAGAAAUUGAAAGAGAAACGUAAGGGUAAGCGUGUUCGUCAAAUAACAGUCAUGAGACUAGUGCGGAAUGAGAAUGUGGAUACCCAAAGUGAAGAGUCAUGUAUGGAUGAUUGUGAACAUUGUCAUGAUGAAGAUUUAGAGGAAGGUGACUCAGAAUUUAUGGAUUCAGAAGAAGAGAAAAUUGAUGAAGUAAAUCUUAUGUUAUUAAAACAAUGUGAACGUGAAAGUGAAGAAAGUUCGGAAUUUGAAGCAGAUGAAGAAAAAGUGAAGAAAUUACAAGAGAUACGUCGUCAGUAUGAAGCUCAGCAGUUGUUGAAUAAACAGCGUAAAGCUCGACAAGUCAUGUUACGCAGAGCUUUGAUACCAUCACAUGGUCGUGUAAGUCAGAGUGAUGAUGAUAAUCAACCGGGACCAUCAACAAAACGAGCAGACGACAAAAAAAUGGAGGAAACUAUAGAAAUAUCAGGUGAUAAAGACGCUGUUAGUGAUAUAGGUAAUCCAGAAAUUCAGCCUAAUCUAAAAAAACAAGAUUCCAUAACUUCAUCUCAGAAAUCAGAUGCUGUACUUCUUGAAGCUGCAGCUGAACUAGAAGCUUCAGUUGAUGCUAAUACAUCUGUUAGUAAAUCAGAACAGGAAGAAACAGAAAUCUAUGAUUGUAGAGAGGUUAUACAACAAUUACAACAAGCUCAACAUAAACAUAAACAUUUACACAGUGAUUUUUCUGAGGGUAUAAUGAGUCCAGAUGAGGGAAGCUGUCAUAGUUCACGUAUUAGUACUAAAUCAGAGAAAAACAUGGCUGAUUUUGAUGGGGAAGAAGGAUUAAGUGAAGAGGAAUUAGUACAGAUUAGUGCUAAUGCUCAUUAUAAUCAUCAACAAAUGCAUGAACAUUUAUCUUCUUUAUACACCACACAUGUACCAAGAGCUGUGAUUCACCAUAGACCUGUACAGAGAGAUAUAAUACCAUCUACUAGUCAAUUAGCUUGUUGUGAUGUUACAUUUGAUGAUGUUUGUACACGAGGGAACACUUUAUUAUGGGAUCUGGUACAAGAAGAUGUUGCUUAUUUGCUACCAGAAGGGCUGGCUGUGGAGGCAGAAAAGGCCUUGUUAAAUACAUUAGUAUGUGGUACAACCGAUAAGCGUAUUAAAUUAAAGUUUAUUGCUGCUUGUAUUGAAAAUGUUGCAAAUCAUAGAUCUGUUGUUAUAUCCUUACGUUUAUUACCAAGAAUUUUUAAUUCUAUACCGAGAUAUAGAAAUGGUUCGGUUACAAUGUGGGCUGAGAAUAAUUUGAAUAUGAUGGAUCAUUUCUUCAAUGAUCUAGUUUAUUAUACCAAUGCUGUUAAAGAGGGUCAAACGUCACCUAAUGCCUUAUAUUGUCAUAGAGAAGAAGUAUUAGUAAGAUUACAGUUUUUGAUAUGUGUCUUCUCAACUUAUGGUUCUCCAGAUAUCUUUAGACUAAGUGAAAGACAGGUAGAUAUCCUAUGGAAUUGUUUAGCUACAGAUGAAGAAUGUGCUGAUGAUUGUUUACAUUGGUUUCUAGAUCAGGCUAAAAGUAAAGAUUUUCAUGCAUUAGGUGUUGAAACAUUUAAACACAUAUUCCUAGAAAAGAUGCCACAAUUAGAGCCUGAAUCUACCAGUAUGAUCAGUUUAAAUUUAUUCCAACAAUUAUCACAUUUAGCAAGAUUUGCUAAUAAUACAUCAGAUAAACCAUUAUCAGAAGAUCAGGUAUCUGGUAUGGAUCAACUAUGGAAUAUAGCAUUACGUGCUAGAAAUAAAGAUGUAUCUAUGUCAGCUAUACAAUAUAUUAAUAAUUAUUAUAUUGGAUAUGGUAAUGGCUUAUUACAUAAAGAAGAAGAGUUUGUUAAAAGAUGUAUGAAAAGUUUAGUUGAAGCUUUAGGACGCGUCAGAGAGGAUGCUAAAGUAAGUCUUCUAGUCUUGCAGAAAGGUCUGACAUUAUUAAAGAAUCAUCUAGAAGCAUUUAGAAGACGUUACGCCUUCCAUCUACGUAACUGGCAGAUUGAUGGUUGUGGUAUUCACUCUCAUCAACAACAUAGAUUUGAAAAACAACCAUCCCCUAUCAGGAUACUCUUACAACCUGGUGGUAUGUCAGAUAAGACACAGUUAGAAAUGAUGACAACAGAUUUAGUGGCUGAAUUAAGAGCAGAAGUGACAAGAUGGUGGGAUGAUUUACAGAAACAGCAACAACAACAACGUCAACAGCUGGAAGGUAGUCAUGGUAUCCAGUUAUCACCUAUAUUAGGCUCUAUGUUACAUGAUGGUCCAAUUAGAAUGAUAACAUUAGGUCAAGAGUUAACAGUCGAUACAGAUGAAAAAACUAUUGGUGAAAUGCAGUUUAAAGAUUUACAGUUGGUAUUUGUAUCUGUUGGUGCCAGUAGACAACCAAAGAAAAUGGAUGGCUCUGUACCACCUGCUAGAGACAAGCUACCUAUGAUAUUGUUGUUACAAGAACCACAUUUUGAUAACCUUUUUAUGUUAUUAGAGCAACUGAGUAAUCUAGAUACAGACUUAGUUGAGAUGGAUUGUCAGGAGAUGAAUAGUCUACAGACUGAAGCCAGAAGAUUAUCUAGAAGUGUGUGGGAAUUAUUGAUGAUAUUACCUACAAGUGAGAAAUAUCUUGAUGGCUUUAAAAGCAUCAUGACUGAAAACAAUGAAAAAGAAGAAGGUAAACAAUGUGUUGAUUGGAAUAUAUUAUUACCACCCUCUAGUCCACAUAGAUUAUAUUAUUCUUUACAAAUAGUAGAAUAUUUAUCACAUAGAAGUAAACUACGUCGCAAAUCAGUGAUGAGAAGUGGUGGAGGUGAUGCGUUUGUUAAUGAAACAGAACAUCCUGAUAAUCAACAUCCUGAUAAUAUCUGGAGUUCAAAGUUUAUAUGUAAAGGAGGGUUAAGUCAUCUGUUUAAUAUCUUUAUGAAUGGUUCUCUUCAACCUAAAGAAGGUGAUGUUUGGAGUCAAUGGAAUCAAGAAUGUUUAGCCUAUUUAUUACGAUUGAUGAGUCAGUUUGCUGUGGGAUCAACUGAUGGUGAUACAGGCUUCGAUGAUGGAUCUUAUGAAAGUCCCAGGAAAAAGAUUAAAAAACAGAAAGGAUUACAUGAAAAAAUAAUCAUUCCUAGACUCAAUCAGGCUACUGUUAAUGAUUUAAAUGUGGAAUCAGUGUUGAAAAUAUUAAUGCAGAUUUUAUAUGAAGCUGCUUUACCAGAAGAUAAUAAUCAACUGUAUCUUGGUUCUUGGGGUAGAGCUGAAGUGGUUCAUUAUGCCCUAUCAUUCCUUGUAUCAUUAGCCUAUUCUUGUGACGAAGUACAUUGUUUAUUAUGUUCAUCACCAACAUUUACUGCCUGGUUAAAACGUUUAACAUUGGAGGCUCCUGAGCCAUAUGUUCGUAAAGAAGCAUGUAUGGGAUUAUAUAGAUUAUGUUUAGGGAAGACAAUAGAUGAUAAAUCUGGCUAUAAUUUUAUUCUACCAAUAUUAUCUAACUUAUUAGACUUCCUAGCUGAUGCUUUACAAUUUAAACCACAGAAAUCACACGAGUUUGAAAGUCAGAAAGAUAAAGAACCAUAUGGACCAGGAUGUCGAGAUUAUUUUUUUCUUGUAUGUAGAUUUGUAGAUAGUAUUUCUAAAGAGGAUGCUAAACGAGAGGAUGGUCCAAUAGAUUUAAAUGAUCUAGCUAUAACAGUCAGUGAAUAUAUUAAUCAAAGAUGUAUUUAUGAAUCAAGAUCAGGAAUUGAAGAAGAUGAUGGAUUAGUAGGAUUAAUUAAUCUGUGUACAGCUAUAAUUAAACAUGAUCCACCAUUUAAACAUUCUAGUCAGGGACAGCAAUUAUUAGAUGAAAUAUUCAAUGAUUUAUUCUCAUUACCAUCUCCUGCUCACCGUGGUUUACCUAAAUGUAAGAGUCAGUCAUCACGGUCAGCAGCCUAUGAUUUAAUAGUAGAAUUAGUAAAGGGCAGUGUUGAUAAUUAUAAAGUUUUACAUGCUGAAAUGAUGAUUCAACAUAGUAAAGAUUCUCAUGCCCCAUAUCCAUGGGAUUAUUGGCCUCAUGAAGAUGGUAGAUCUAAAUGUGGCUAUGUUGGGUUAACUAAUUUAGGAGCAACAUGCUAUAUGGCUACAUGUAUGCAGCAUCUUUAUAUGAUACCACAAGCUAGAGAAUCUAUAUUGAAGGCUAAGUGUACUGGUAAUACUCAACAUGAAGGGACACUGAUAGAACUACAGAAAAUGUUUGCCUAUCUUCAGGAAAGUGAAAGAAAAGCAUAUAAUCCUAAGAGUUUUUGUAAAGCUUACACCAUGGAUAAACAACCAUUAAAUACUGGUGAACAGAAAGAUAUGACAGAAUUUUUCACUGAUUUAAUAUCUAAAUUAGAAGAAAUGUCCUCUGAUAUGAGAAUAUUAGUGAAGACAUUAUUUGGUGGAGUUUUAACAAAUAAUGUUGUCUCUUUAGACUGUCCACACGUGAGUCGAACAUUUGAAGAGUUUUAUACUGUAAGAUGUCAAGUAACUGAUAUGAAAGAUUUAUAUGAAUCAUUAGAUGAAGUAACAGUAAAAGAUAUGUUAGAAGGUGAUAAUAUGUAUACUUGUUCUAAAUGUAUGAAGAAAGUUCGUGCAGAAAAACGAGCUUGUUUCCGUAAAUUACCCAGGAUUCUAUGUUUUAAUACUAUGAGAUAUACAUUCAAUAUGAUCACCAUGAUGAAAGAAAAAGUCAACACCCUGUUCUCAUUUCCACUAAAACUAGACAUGUCACCUUAUAUGGAGUCUAAUUUAAUGGCGGCAGAUAGAAUGAAAGAUUCCCAUGAUUAUGAUGAAGGUUUAGAUUGUGAAGAGUUCUCUAAUACUGAAGAUAUCAGCUGUGAAUAUGAAUUAAUAGGUGUAACAGUACAUACUGGUACUGCUGAUGGUGGACAUUAUUAUAGUUUUAUUAGAGACAGACUGAAUAAAACAGAUAAUGGUCAAGAUAAAUGGUUUCUAUUCAAUGAUGCUGAAGUUAAACCAUGGGAUCCAUCACAAAUAGCUAGUGAAUGUUUUGGUGGAGAAAUGACAAGUAAAACCUAUGAUUCAGUCACAGAUAAAUUUAUGGAUUUUUCUUUUGAAAAGACAAAUAGUGCCUAUAUGUUAUUCUAUGAAAGUUGUCCCCCAAAGAAAAAUGAAGAUACAACUGUAGCUAAAGUAGAUGAACCAGUUAAAUAUAAUUUUGAAUUAUCACAUGAACUUAGUCAGUGGAUUUGGCAAGAUAAUACUCAAUUUCUUCAAGAUAAAAACCUUUUUGAACACAAUUAUUUUGGGUUUAUGUGGCAGAUAUGUGGUUAUAUACCAACUACAUUAAAAGAUGAAAACAAUGAAGUAGGAUUGAAAGCAGCUCAACUUAGUUUAUCAUUUGUACUAGAAACUAUGAUACAUUCCAAAGAAAAGCCAACCAUGAUACAGUGGAUAGAAUUAUUAACCAAAAAACAGUUUAAUGCUUGUCCACAAGCCUGUGAG